AUGGAUGAAGUCAGCAUCGUGCAGAUCUGCAGAUCAGCCUACAAAGAGGACGAGGUUUGCAGUGCAAAGCUGCUGCUCUACAAGUCGCUCGGACAACUCGAGCAGAUGCCAUCCCGCCGAAGGGACGGUGGCGACAAGAGCCUGCAGGACAUCAUCUCCCUGCUGAAAAGGACGGAUCCUGACGACGUGCCUGAAUUCGUGGCGAAGGACUUGCAUAAGCUGCCUCCCGUCACGUUCGAUCACGUCGACGUCACCAGGCUGCUGAAAGACAUAACGUGUCUGAAGGCAAGCCUGGAGGAUAUGAAGUCGAAGAUGGAAGCUUCACAGGUUACCAUCAGUGACCUGCGUGGUGAAGUGGCGUUGUUGCGCAACGCUGUUUCCAUAAGUGGGUCAUUAGAUAUAAUCAAUGUGAAUACACGUCGCGGGGCGCAAAAUGCGUCGGUCAUCAGUUUCGAGUCGGCGAAUUCGAGUGCGUCACCGAUCGCCGAUGUUGCUGACGACGCACCCCGCCCCGCCGCCGCCGCCGCUGCUGUGUCAACACCUGCGGCCGAGACAUGCGUAGGAACAUUAACCCCCAAACGCGCCUACGCGGCAGUAGCAGCCACCAACAAGCCCGUUGUGACGCAAACAAAGCGGGCCAAAGCAAAAGGGGGUAAACAAACCCGUGGCACCUCACAGCCACAGACUGGUCCUAAGAAGGACAUGUGCGACAAGGAUGGCUUCAUAAAGGUUGAAAGGAGAAAGAAGAGGCCACCUUGUAGGAAUCAGUGCGGUACCGCACAAACUGGACCCAACAUCCUGCUGCGUCCUGCAGUACCAACGACGCAGUUGUACGUGUCCCGUCUACAUCACACCACGACGGUGGAGCAGAUCGUGGAAAUUAAUAUUCAGAUCGCUCAACAAAAUAUUUUUGUCGUCAAAGCAACUGUCGUCAAAGCCCGGGGCAUGGACAACAAAAGCCGAUCAAAGCCGAUUCAAAGCCUGUGUAAUGACACAAACAAACGCGCCUAUGUCUGA